AUGGCCCCCCUCCCCCGCCCCAUCGCCAACCCCCUCCGCAUCACCGCCCGCUCAGCCCGAUGCAGGGCUCAAAACUCUGCCGCCCCCGCUGCCUCGUCCUCCCGGCACAUCCUCCCCUCCGCGGUCCCCUCAUCCACCACUCAGGCGCGCUCAUUCUUCUCUCUCCCGGAUCUGACAAAGAUCGCCAACCUAGUCCCCGGUGCUGCGCCAGCGGCAGAUGGAAGCGGGCCCUCCCAGGGCGUCGGGAUGGACGGUGAAGUGCAAAAGUUUCAUGCGCGAAAGAUCAUGCCGUAUUCUCAAAAGCAGCUCUAUUCCCUAGUAUCCGACGUCCCCUCAUACUCCCAGUUCAUCCCAUUUUGCCAAUCGUCCACCGUGCUUGCCCCCUCAUCACCAGGAUCACCAUCCAACAGAGAAUGGGUCGGCUGGAAGCCUGAAGACAAGCCGUUCGAGGUCCUUGCAGAGCUUGCUGUUGGAUUCGGUGGUCUCGAAGAGCGAUAUGUGAGCAAGGUCGUUGGUACACCGUAUGAGAGCGUCAUUGCGACCGCUUCAAACCAAACGCCCAUGUUCAAGACCCUCACUACCUCAUGGUCAUUCUCCCCCGCUUCUACCCUCUCUCCUCACCCUAGAUCCCCCCUCUCUUCCUCCUCUGCCAACUCUCCCCGAGUGCCCAACUCGACAGACCCCGCCGAUCCCUCAGAGGGCCCGACAUUAUUGACAAUCGACCUGGCAUUCUGCUUUAUCAACCCUCUACACAGAAUAGCCAGCCAGGCUGUGCUGCCAAAGGUAGCGGAGAAGAUGGUGGAGGCCUUUGAGGAGCGGUGUGUAAGGCAGUACGGCAAGGGUACACAAUGA